GAGGGGGACGCAGUGCAGUAAGAGCAGAUGGGCGGACCUAAAUUUCUUCUGCUUAAGAGUUUUGCAGAGGUCUAGCCCUGCAUCAAGUGCUGUGGCAAGGGGUGGGAGAGGAGGAAAGAGGAGGGAUUGCACUCUCCACUCCCUCUGAGCGUGCCCAGCCUCGCCAGCCUGACGGAUCAUCUUCCGCUCCAACACCGCCUGUUCCUCCUCGCCGUGACUCAUGCCUAUUGUGUGUGGUGCACUCUGGCCUGCAGCCCCACAGGUGGUAUCGACUAGGGGAGACUGUUCCCGCCAGGCUAGGCAGUGGAGCGCCGCACAGCGCGUCUUCCCGCCUCUCAGCCGCUGCCCAGCAAUUCCGACCCAGCGCCAGCAGGCCUGCUCGGUCGAUCUUCGAGCCUAAGAUGCGGCGGGGCUGGAAGAUGGCUCUGUCCGGGGGGCUACGGUGCUGCCGCCGUGUACUUUCCUGGGUGCCAGUGCUCGUUAUCGUCCUCGUCGUGCUCUGGUCCUACUAUGCCUACGUCUUUGAACUCUGCCUGGUGACUAUUUUGAGCCCAGCAGAAAAAGUUAUCUACCUCAUAUUCUACCAUGCCAUCUUUGUGUUCUUUACCUGGACCUACUGGAAGUCUAUUUUUACACUCCCACAACAGCCAAACCAGAAGUUCCACUUGUCCUAUACAGACAAGGAGCGCUAUGAAAAUGAAGAGAGACCUGAGGUCCAGAAGCAGAUGCUUGUUGAUAUGGCCAAGAAGCUACCAGUUUACACAAGAACUGGGAGUGGAGCUGUAAGAUUCUGUGACCGGUGCCAUUUGAUCAAGCCAGAUCGCUGCCACCACUGUUCUGUCUGUGCCAUGUGUGUUUUAAAAAUGGACCAUCAUUGCCCAUGGGUUAAUAACUGCAUUGGAUUUUCCAACUAUAAAUUCUUCCUUCAAUUCUUAGCUUAUUCUGUGCUCUAUUGCCUGUACAUUGCUACAACGGUCUUCAGCUAUUUCAUCAAAUACUGGAGAGGGGAAUUGCCUGGUGUUCGCUCUAAGUUCCAUGUCCUUUUUCUCCUCUUUGUGGCCUGCAUGUUUUUUGUCAGCCUUGUGAUUCUCUUUGGUUACCAUUGUUGGCUUGUCAGCAGAAACAAAACUACCUUAGAGGCCUUCUGUACUCCAGUGUUUAUGAGUGGCCCAGAGAAAAAUGGGUUCAACCUUGGCUUCAUCAAAAAUAUCCAGCAAGUGUUUGGCGAUAACAAGAAGUUCUGGUUAAUACCUAUUGGGUCUAGCCCUGGUGAUGGACACUCCUUCCCUAUGAGGUCUAUGAAUGAAUCACAGAACCCAUUGCUAGCAAAUGAAGAGCCCUGGGAAGAAAAUGAGGAUGACAACCGAGAUUAUCCAGAAGGAUCAUCAUCUCUUGCCGUGGAAACAGAAACAUAGCAGCUUUUACAUCUCCUGCAUCUCUCAAACAGGACCUUCCAUCUCCAAUGAAGUUUACAGAGUUCAGUGUUGGAAACCAUUCUGAUCUUCAAAAUAAGUCACCACGGCAGAUUGAAACUUCUCAAUUUGAAAGCAUCCCAUCAAAUACUUGCUGUACAGAUAGAUGUUUCAGAACUUAUAAGUUAUUUAAUUUAGUAGCUGAACUCAUCAAUCUGGUAGCAAUUAAUUCAAGACAGUCUUCCUCUACUUCUUCCUGCAUUUCCUCUCCUCCCCUCAGUGAAAGCCUAAAUGUAUGUAUUUAUCUUUCCAGAGGCUCUUUUCAUUCCUCUUGUCAGGUAAAGGGGAACUCAAAAGACUCCCUUGGAGUCUUUAACUCUCCUAGAAAGACCGCUAAUCAUAUCUAUAGGUCUUUGUUUUGUUGAGGGGAAUCAGACAAGUUUGAUGCUUGUGCACAUAUGCAUUUAUAAGCAUACAUGUGCAACAAUUUAUACAAAAUUCUGCUGCUGUGUUGUGAAAAUUGAGGUUUAAAAUAAUCUGAAGCUUUUCAUUCAAUCAUAUCUUUUUCCUAAAUAGCAAUCUAAAUAUUUGCUGACCUGUGAACACCUUUUCCUAUAUCAAGUACCUAAAAUUUAAGAGGGUGAUUCAACACUGUGAUCAAGGUCUGUGAAUUGGGAAUUGAACAAUGUAAAACCUGAUCUCUGUCAUAGAUGUGUGGUGUUCCUGAAAGCGCCACAGCUAAUAGAGAUCAGAUCAGAUUUCCAUGUUAUUUAACAUAAUGAUUAGAGUUUUAAAGACUUUUAAUGCCAGAGUGUGGGAAAAUUCUCCAAUAACUUUUAUUCUUUUCUUUGCUACCUAGCUUUAUUUUAACCUUCACGAAUUACUCUUAUGAUGAAAGAAAAACUAUAAGCUCAAGUUAUGGACCAUUGGUUUUGUUAAGGGGUUUAAGGAUGAUUUUCAGGUUUAAUUACAAUACUGUUAACAAGGGCAAAAUUUCAUAUUUGAAAUUAGCUUAAGGAUUAGCACUGAAGAUUUUCUUUUUCACAACAGGAAUUAGUGCACAAAUAGAGAAAAAUCCACUAGUAAUAUAUCCUUUCUCUUUUUUCUUUCCUUCUUUUUUUUUGUUUAGUUUCAAUAGUAGUGCAGCCAUUAAGAUAGUUUACAGCCAUUUCCCAGUUUAUUUAUAACAAGCCUUUCUUUUAGUUCUAGUUCCUGAAUCAAUAAGUAUGGACAGUAACGCUGCUUCUCUAUCAUAAUAAUAAUAUCUAAGAGUAUUGACGGUUUUCAUUUCUCAGUCAGUGCCAUAGUGCACAGCUGCUAACAAUAGAAGUUCCAACUCUUACAGAGAUCAGUAAGUUAGAAGCACAGUACUGAUAACAAGUUGUUGAAAUCCUAGAGGGGUUAGGUUUGCUAAAGUAUUCUCUGAAACCUUUUUGAGUAAAAAAGAGUUGCCUGCCACAAACAAUUCAGUGUUCAGGCUCCAGUGGAGCUGUGAAUGUGCACAGUCCAGCUACUUAAAGCAAUGAAAAACCCAUUCAUUUGAAUUCUCUAGGUAAUUCUGGUCAAAAGACUUUCAGCAUUAAUUAAAUGGAUUGUGGCCAUCAUUUCACCUGAGAGAAUACUAUACAUGACUAAAUCUAUUAGUGACAGGGACUGUUAUUCAAACUCCAAUGGCAAGAACCAGCCUAGAAGACUCUACACACUGAGUUUCAUGAUAAAAUCAUAUAUGUUCAGAUGAGAUUUUCCCCCUUCCUCUUUCCCUUCAAAACACUCUCUUGUUUGGGUGUAUCUUGAAAACUUAUUGAUCAUCCACAUGAUAUUGUGUUUGACAAGCCUUGCCUUAUAUUCAUGUAGAAAUGCACCUUUCCUAAAAGUAGGACUGUUGCUUACUCCAAAGCCAGUAGGCCUCAAAGCAAUCUAUCCAGUCCAUCAUCUUCUGCCAAGAGUUUAGGCAGAACAGCUGCUAACUGAUUCAAAGCCAGGAAGGAAUCAAUAACUUAUUUAAUGAAUAGAGUGUAUCAGCACUCAUAGAAAUCAGGUCAUAAAAGACAAUGUCAGGGAACUAUGAGAAAGCACUGGAAGGGUAAAGCUCAGGAAAACUGUAAUGCAAAGAUGAUUGUUUAAUGUCUUACAGACUUACACUGUCUUCGAAAGGCCAAAUAAAGCAGGGUUUUACCUGGGGACUUAGGGAAAUAAAGAAACCCUAUUCCUAUCUCUGAACCUUUGUUCCAUUAGUUUAUAGACUCUGAUACUGUCUUCAUUAUAGGUCAUUGUGUAUUGAUUUCUGUACCUAAACACCCCCCCCACAGUUGGUUGAUUAUUUAUAAAGAAAACAGAGGGGUUUGUUUGAUAAUUAGCAUACCCUGAUCUGGCUCCUUUGCUUGCCUUUCCUUGGGGCAAUUUCCAAUAACCUCUGUGGGAAUCUCAUCCCCCAGUCUUUAGUAGCCAUCUUCCCCAUUUUCAAAACAAAGAUGCUCAUUGUUAGGCAUACAGGUGAAAGGUGCUAUGUAAUUCCCCAGUGCUCUUAUAUAUCUUUCAUUGCAGGGGUAGAAUUAAAUGUUUAACCAGAACAGUAUUUCUAAACAAAUCAGUGUGCUUGAUUCUUUCUUCCUUACUCUCAUUGAUGAUUUGUUCUUGCAGAGCUUAGAGUACUUUAUUAAUGUUAUUCUAUUCAUUCUAACAAUGUCCUUGGAAAGAGGCAGAAUAGAAAUUAUUUUCCUCGUGGUACAAACCUGAAAAAUUAAGGGCAAAAGAAAUGAAGCACCCUCCAAAACACAUAGCUGUCUGGGACAGAACUCACAGUUGCCAUGUCCAGUGCACUGUUAAAGUGACUUGGCUUCCCAGUACUGGAAUAAACAUGGAGCAGCUUAGAACAUUGAGAGCAACUAGGGCAGGACCACAUUUCUGAAGAGUCUUUUCCCAAAAUCUAAAAGUAUGCAGUUUGUACAAUUCUUAUUUUCUAUAUGAUAUAAAUGUAUUUUGUGCCUCUUUCCCCUUCUGGCACCAUAUGACACAUUUAUUUCACACUAUGUGGCAUCAGCCCAGGUCAUUUUGCCCUCUUGCACCCAUAGAGCCAAUUUUCAGGCCCGUCUUUUCCAGAGAGAAGAAAGUGCUAUGUGCUUCCUCAUGUUUAUGCCAAAUUACACAAAGUGUAGAUAUUGAGAUUAAUGAAGAUUUAAGCAUAAUCCAAGUAAGUAUAAGAAUAUUGACUAUACAUUAUUUAAAUGUGCAUCUGGAAUUUAAUGUGGCCCAAAUUCAUAAGAAUUAAUAAGUCAUGCAAAGCCUAUCCCUUUCACAUAUCAUCAUAUACAUAUAUAUCUAUACAUAUUUACACACUCGCAGUGCCCCCAAAGCAGGCUGCCUGGUCAUUAGGAGCAGAUUCUUUAAAGGAAUGAGUCUCUGUCCUCUUCCUUUACAAAAAAGUCCAAUAGUCACAGCAAGUGAAGAAUAUUCCAUUCAUACAUUCUAGAACUUCUGCUCCUGGAGUAAUUAAGGUACUCAGUUGGCACCAAAGACCUGUUCUUUGCCUCUAUAAAUCACCAAAGGCACAUGACAAGAUUGUUAGACCUUUCCACAAGUCUCAUGUUCUUAGAAAAUUCAUGAGUUCCAUCCAAUCAGUAGAAAAUUGUUUAUGAGGUAUAGUACAUCUGCAUUUUUUUAACCAAAGCUGUAAUGUACCAUAUUAAAUUGUAGUCUUUUGCAUGCAGGUAUUAUGUAAUAUAAUAAUGAACGGAUGGCUCCUAAUAGCAUGCAACCCAUGACUGUUUACUUCCCUAGAAGGGCUAGGGCUGUGUACCACACAGUGUCCAAAACUAUUAAAUGCAUUCUUUGUAACAGCCUGAUAUACGAGCCAUCAGCAGAUUGAGUUAGACAUGAAUGUAAUGUAUUAGGAAAUAGAUUCUUAGUAGGGUAUGGUGUUAAAGGGAAAAAAAAACAGUAAGAUAAGAUGCAUUUAAGAAAUAAUGACUGUCAUCCUGCUGGCUAAACCAACAAAGGGACACAACAGGAAAGCUGGUCCUGGGUAUUGGUGAUAUAUGAAAUGGAUUGGACAGCCAGAAAAAGAAAAGCACUGGAGACUUCAGCAGUUAAGCUCAAGUUGCCAAUUUGCUACAAAUCCUUUUUUCCACCAAUCUGCUCUAAGUAAUUAUAUAUAAUCUUUAAACUAUGUGUCUUGCUAUAGAAAUACCCACAAAUACUGACCAGCUUUAUCUUCCUAAGUCCUUUAUUAAAAGCAUAUACAUAAAAUUAUCACUUCUUUUGUAUAUUAUGGUGUUGUUAAAGUGGCGGUAAAACUGAAAAUUUCAGACCACUUUGAUGUACUUCUCAUUUCAUGAAUGUAAUAGUAGAGUUUAUUCACUCCCAAGUUGAUUGGUAUGUGUGUGUCAACUUAAAAAAAUGCACAAUGUGAGAGUCAUGAGUUAAGUUUUAUUUGGGGUAAAAUGAGGAUUGCAUCCCAGGAGACAGUACCUCAGAUAGCUCUGAGAAACUGCC